AUGGUGCUGGAAGAUGAUCCCUUUAGGUUGGAGGAAGAUAAGAAUGUGGUCAAGGAACAGCUGCCUCCUCAGAGCAGCCAGGAUGGUCCCCUGGAGGCGGAGGCGCAUGUCCGGAAGAAGAAGUGGCUGAUCAGGAGGCCCGGCUACCUGAGAGCCCCGAUCAGGUGUCUGUCCCCAGCAGUAAGCACCGAGGAGCACCCCAUCUCCCAACCCAGGACCCUGCUCACAGGGGGCCAGCCAGGCCUGGCUCUGAGCACCCAGAGGGGUCCCUCCUGGUGCUUUGGGAUCCAUCCCAGGCCCCUUAGGCCCUGGAGCCCUGAACCUGCACUGUCAGCCAUGGAUGGCUCUGCAACCCCGGGCCUGGCUCACCCAGUGGCCUGUCAGGGCCAAGCAGCAGGGGUCACAUGGACAUGGGGGCACAGUCCCCCAGCUGCACCCCCCAUCAGCACCCAGGACACCUUCACCUCUAGCUUCAGCUUCAUCCAGCUGGCCCUGGGCUCGGGAGAGCGUGGGGAGGCAGAGGGCUGCCCACCGACCAGGGAGCCCGAGGGUUCCCACCAGGGACCUUCAGAGGCCACUGCCAAAGCCAGACCCCUGGAGCACCUGCCGGGUCCCUGGUGGCCACCACGCUCCUAUGGGGAGGCUGCAGGGGAUGAGCCCAGGCUGGAGAGGAAGGGCCUCUGCCCCCCCGCCCCCGGGCUAUCAGGCCCCUCAGACACUGGGGACGGCACCUUGGGACCUGCCUGCGGCUGGGACGCUCUGCUGCAGACCUGCCAGCCUGCCCUGGACCAGUGCCUGCUAAACAACCAGAAGCAACUGCAGGUAAAAUCCUUAAGACUGAAGCUUCGGAAACUUCAAGACAAAGCAGUUGAGGAUGAUGACUAUGAUAAAGCGGAGAGCUUGAAGCAGAGAUUGGAAGACCUGGAGGUGGAGGAGCGAACACUGCGGUUCCAGCUCCCUUCCCAGCAGCCUGCGCUCAGUCGCAUCCUGCACCAGCUGGGAGAGCAGGUUCAGGCAGCCUUGCACUGGGUGACUCAGGGGGCCGUUAGUGAAGAAACCCAACCCAUGCUCAGAAUAGAGUCCAAACCGUUGGGACCUCCUGCUCAGGAUGGACUCCGUGUGACCGUUACCAGGCGAGAACGGCUUAUUCAGGAAAAAUGGAGACUUCAGCAAGAAAUGGAAGCUCUCCAAGCAAGAAUGGCUGUGCUGGAAGCAAAAGACGAACAACUGAGGAAGGAGAUAGAUGAACAAGAGCAGCUGGUAGGCUGGUCAGUUGGGGGACUGGGCACGCUACCCUUGGACCAGCUGCAGGAGAUGCGUCGGGCCCUGGAUGACACCUGGGCCUCAGCCACUCAGGUUCUCAUCCUGGUAGAGCCACCAGAAGCCCUCAGGAGCCUCCAAGAAAGGAUAAGCUCGCUUGGCUUGUCACUUAAGGAAAUCACAGCUAAGUUGUGUAUGAAUGAGCGUCUCUGUAGGACCCUGAGGAAGAAAGUCAGUGAUAUCGAAGCCCAGCUACCGACAUUGCUUGAAGCCAAAAUGCUCGCCAUAUCAGGAAGUAAUUUCUGUACAGCUAAGGACCUCACAGAAGAGAUCAUGUCAUUAGCUUCAGAGAGGGAAGCACUGGAGGGAUUUCUUAGCAAGCUGCUGAUGCUGAAUACAAGGAAUGUCAGAAAGCUGGAGAACAUGAGAGAAGAGUACAACAAACUGAUAGGGGAACUGGAGGCUGAGAAGACAGCCUAUG